CAUAUCAUUAAUAGGAGGCCGAGGUCAUCUGGGGUCACGUGACGUCAUACGUUUGGUCGAAAAGAAAAUAGAAAUUGUACACGUUGAAGUUUACGCGUAUGCCGAGUCCAUCACCGGCAUAAAAUAUGGGGAGUUUCUUUUCAACUUUAUUUGGUAGCCUGUUUGGCGCGAAGGAGCUACGUAUUCUGAUCCUCGGUUUGGAUGGUGCGGGGAAGACAACUAUCCUCUACAGAUUACAAGUUGGAGAAGUAGUCACAACCAUUCCAACUAUUGGAUUCAAUGUUGAAACAGUCACAUACCAAAAUCUCAAGUUCCAGGUCUGGGAUCUUGGUGGUCAAACGAGUAUUAGGCCAUAUUGGAGAUGUUACUACUCCAAUACGGAUGCUAUCAUCUAUGUAGUAGACAGCUGUGACCGAGACAGGAUAGGCAUCUCAAAGUCAGAACUGGUCACCAUGUUAGAGGAGGAGGAGCUGAAGAAGGCAAUGCUGCUCGUCUUUGCGAACAAACAGGACAUGGACGGUGCAAUGUCGCCCUCUGAGGUGGCCACCGCCCUCGGACUACCCGCCCUCAGGAGUAGGAAGUAUCAGAUCUUCAAGACGUCAGCUCUCAAAGGAGAGGGCUUGGAUGAAGCAAUGCAGUGGCUUGUAAAAGAGUUGAAGUCAUCUUCAUAACACAGGCUGCCACCGCUGCCCCCUCCCUCCCUUCCCCCACAGCCCCUUAUUUUCUCUCCGGAGGCUUCAUCGACGAUGACGAAUUAUACCACCACUUCUUACACGGCCAUUGAAGAGAGAAAGAAAGAUUAGAGGCGGAGGGAGAGAGAUUUCUGUCGUGAGAGAAAAGAAGAUUUAAAAUCCCCUUUACAGACUUGUGCAAACUCCAUGAAACUUUGCGAGUGUUUAAAAUAUAUCCUUCAGAUACCGUGUGUGGCAUUUGACAGUCACAGGUUUUGACACCUAGUUCUUUAUGAGAAAAGACAAUCUAGCGCUGUUUUCAUAUUGUCGUAGAGGGAGCUAUUCUCAAAUCACUAACGGUUGAAUACAUUUUGAAUUAUGUACAAACAUUUUUUGAGUCUAGAAAAUAAAUAAUUGUAAUUAAACAUUGAAAAUGUAUGAGUUGAAAGCCAGUUUCCAUUUUUUUAAAUUUAGCGGGAGGGUUCUUAUAAAUAAACCUCUUCCAUAUACGUGUACCACCCGAUUCAAGGAGAGUCACGUUUUAAGGUCUGCGAAAGGAAAAAACAUCUUUAAAGAGAGAAAUUCAUCUAUCCAAUCAACAUUUGCCUUUUUUCUA